CGCCCCUUCUUGGCACAACUUUAUUUCCUGGGCUCGUUCUCCUUGUGUAGUCCACUAUUUCCUUCCAGCUGGUUCUUUCGAAUUGCGUCUUCCACUUUCCCCUGGCACACUGUUCGUUUGCAACCCUCUUUUUUCUCCUUCCCCAUUUUCUCCUCACACAUCUUCACAUAUUUUCACAGACACCAUGUCCGAGCCUAUCUCGAUCAACGUCAAGGCCUCAAACGACCAAAAGUAUGUCAUCUCCAUCAAGGUCACCGAGACGGUCCUCGAUUUCAAGCAAAAGAUCGCCGAGAACUGCGAUACUCCCGCAGACCGCAUGCGUCUGAUAUACUCUGGCCGUGUCCUCAAGGAUGCCGACACCCUUGAGACCUACAAGAUCGCCGAGGGUCAUACCGUCCAUAUGGUCCGCGGUGCUGCUCCUGCGAGCUCCUCCGCCGCUGCCGCAUCCUCAGCAACCAGCACACCAGCAUUGACCAGCACACCUGCUGCUCCUGCCUCAGCUACCAACACCACCGCAGCCUCGACAAACGCAUCCACUACAGCUACUGCAGAUCCUUUUGGGACCGGAGCCGGAGCUGGAGCGAUGCCUAAUCCUUGGACCAGUAUGAUGGGUGGUGGUAUGGGUGGCGGUGGUAUGGGUGGCCUCGGAGGAAUGGGAGGAGGCAUGCCAGGCAUGGAUCCCAACAUGAUGAAUCAAAUGAUGCAAGAUCCCACCUUUGCGCAAUACAUGUCCAACAUGCUUCAGAAUCCUCAAGUGCUGGAGUCGAUGAUCGCCAUGAAUCCGACUCUUGCUGCCAUGGGUCCGGAGGUCCAACAGAUGCUUCAGUCACCCCAGUUUCAACAAAUGAUCUCCAAUCCAGAGAUGUUGCGUCAGGUCGCCCAGAUGAGCCAGCAGAUGGGAGGCAUGGGCGGUAUGGGAGGCAUGGGAGCCUUUGGAGGAGCACCGGGGAACAUGUACAACCCUUGGGCCAGCCCUGCUCCAGCAAGUACCACCACACCAACGGCGACAACUCAAUCAUCCAAUCCUACCUCAGCUACUGCUACGACCACGCCAACCUCGGGAGCUGCACCGGCCUCGAACCCAUUUGCUGCGCUAGGAGGAGCCCCAGGAACGGGCGUUAACCCCAUGGCGCAAUACUGGGCUCAACAGAUGGCUGCCAUGGGCGGUGCUGGAUUUGGAGGCACAGCUGCCCCUGCUCAGUCUCAGGAGCCACCAGAGGUGCGGUUUCAGGUUCAGUUGCAGCAAUUGAACGAGAUGGGCUUUUAUGACGCGGCAAGGAAUAUCCGCGCACUGCUUGCCGCCGGUGGAAAUGUCAACGGGGCGAUCGAGAUGCUGUUUUCUGGCAGCAUCUAAACAUGACACGGACACACGUUGAAAGGGCAGCAUUUUUGCUCAGAAGGAGGCGCAUGCUCCUCGCCUUACUUGGAUGCCUACUGAACCAAUGUUAAUACGUAGCCUGGACGUAAUAACUGAUAACAAUAAAGAAGAAUAAAGUGCGGCAGACAGUAUGCGAGA